AUGUGUCUGCUGGCAUGGCUGUUCUUCUGUCUGUUUAAGGAGAGGAUGCUCGGCAUGGUGCUGGACAAAGACCUGGAUGUGGCAGUGGAAGUGAUCAAUCUGUUGCUGCUGAUCCAACAGAGCACAGAGGGUGGUCUGAGAGAGGAGGAGUGCGGACACAUCUAUCCGCUGGUCUACGCUUCAAACCGAGGCCUUGCGUCUGCCGCUGGCGUCUUCCUCUUCAACAAGCUGAAAAGUGUGAUUGACAGUGAGAACCAGGUGAAUGGUACAAGUGGAAAUGCAGACCUCCUUCAAAUCCUCAUCACCUUCUACAUGCAGAGUGAGUUCCACGAGCACGGGGCGUACCUGGUGGACAGUCUGUGGGGCGUGGCGAAAUCUGAGCUGAGAGACUGGGAGACCAUGACCACGAUUCUGCUGCAGGAGUCUGGUGAGGAACAACAGACCUCAGUCUGA